GAAAAAUCACAAUAAAUCUCAAUCAGAAUCAAUGGAACAAACAAAUUGUUAGUGGUUCAGGAAAAAAAUCACAGUAAAUGGGGAUUUUGCAAGCGUCCCAAGUGCCUUUUGCAUCGACUUGUUCAUCUUCGUCUUCUUGUCCCCCUGCUGCACCUAAAACCUUAUCCGCAUGCAAAUCAUUGGCUGUGAAUGUCAAGUUGAGCAAAGUAUGCAGUUCGACGAGUCUGCGACUGCGUAAGACUGGUGGUGGAGUUGUUGGGGUCGGUAAGGAAGGCGUACAACCAGUGCGCAUUGAUGAGGAUGAUGAUAGUCAUGAUACUUCUUUAUCAGCAACCGCCCAACCGGAGGAAGAUGAGGACCUUCAAUGCGUUCGCCAAAUCCAAAGAGUUCUACAACUUCUCAGGAAAAACCGAGACAUGUUAUUCAGUGAGGUUAAACUGACCGUGAUGAUAGAGGAUCCUAGAGAAGUCGAGAGAAGGAGGUUGCUUGGCAUUGAGGAUCCUGAUGCCCCUACCAGGGAUGAUCUCGUCGAAGCUCUGGAACAAGUCAAUGAAGGGAAGAUCCCCACUAAUCGUGUUGCUCUCAGGAUGCUAGCUGAGGAAAUGACCAACUGGCCUAAUAUAGAGGUUGAAGCAUCGAAGAAACAACGUAGCAAAUCCCUUUAUGCAAGGGCGACAGACACUGGCAUUGAUCCUAAAGAAGUUGCUAAGAGACUAAAUAUUGAUUGGGAUUCUGCUGCUGAAAUCGAAGAUGUUGGAAUCAGUGAUGAAACAGAAGUCCCUUCUGCAGUGGCUUUGGAUCUGGGGAUUACAUUUCCACGUAGACCAUUUGCACCAUAGUGGUGAAAUCAUUAUCCCAAAGAAAGCUUCCUAGUAGUGUCUUCCCUACAAUGAUGGUAUAGAAACUUUAAAGAUAUAAUGGUUUCAACUAAAAGUUAUAGAGCAGGAAGAUUUACUAUCAAAUCUGUUUGUUGAAAGUUGCAUAUGUAUGGUCUAAGGACAAUCCACAAGACACAAGUGAGAAUGGCAACUCAUUGGCAGAAUGACUAAAGUGGAUUGGAGAUGACUACUUUGUUGCCUAAUUACCCGUCAAGCUAUUAGCAAUUCUCUUUAUAAUGUGUUUCACAAACAAUAUUCAAUGCUAGAAUUAUGGAACGCUAUUGAAAAUGGUAUAAGAGUGAGGACAAGGGAAGCAAGUCAUUCCUUGUGAAGAUGUAUAUUGGCUUUAAAAUGAUGAACUCUGAAGAAGUUAUUGAUCAAUUUAAUGAAUAGAAAUGACAUUGCAAUUGAGUGCAAUGUCAUGUGAGACACAAUCUCUAAAAUUUUCAAGUAUCCACCAUCAUUGGUAAAUUACUACCAUCUUGGAAAGAUUACUAAAGGUAUUUGAAUCAUAGAUAAGUUAGUUUACCUUGAUUUUCUGAUUGGCAUAAUGAUAAAUUUAGCCCUUAGCAUUCACCCUUUUUGUCAAUUUAGCCCUGAAUCUUUUUUUUUGGAUCACUUUGUCCCCCAACCUUUAAAAGUUAGUCAAAUUGCCUUUUUUAUAUAAAAAAGUUAAUUGGACCUUUAAAUUUUUAAUGUUAUUGAUGUGGAAACUUGCGUGGCAGUUCAGGUUUACUUCAUAAAAAAUUUAAAAAGAAAAUAUUACAAAUUCAAAAAAGUUCAUAAAAUUUUAUAUAAAAUUUAUUCAUGUUAGCAAUAAGGUACAUGUAGAUUUUUGCUUGAGUUACCACGUCAAUGCCAUUAAAAUUUUAACAGUUUAAUCAAAUUUUUUGUCCUAAACAAAGCAAUUUGAUUAAAAUUAGAAGGUUGAAAGCCAAAGUGACCACCCCCACCCCACUCAAAAAAAAAAAAAAAGGAAGAAAAAGAGUUAGCCCCAAAGUGACAAAAUAGGUAAGCGGUAGGGGCUUAAUUUGUCUUUAUGCCUAUUUGAUUUAACACAUAAAUUGAAAGUGCAACCCAAAAGAGAGAAAACCUUAAAAAUGUG